UGUACACCUCCACGAAUCUCCCGGACCUUAUCGAUGGGAAGAAACCUGUCGUAUAUUGCCAACGAGAAGCGUCACAUAGAGUUGAUAGAGCUGGAGAACGAUGGCAAGGGGCUGGGCUUCGGCAUUGUAGGGGGUCGAUCCUCUGGAGUCCUGGUCAAAACCAUCCUACCAAGUGGACCUGCUGGACUGGACAAGCGUCUGCGUAGCGGGGACCACAUCCUGUGCAUCGGGGACACAGACCUGGCGGGCAUGGGCAACGAGGAAGUGGCUCACGUUCUCCGCAACGCAGGGUCAAGGGUCAAACUGCUCAUUGCUAGGGACGUCGCUGUCUCCACGGGAACCAACGACCUCACCCUCUCCUCGCCCCCACUCCCUCUCCUCGCCCAGCAACAACAGAGGGUGGCCAGGAUGGGCAACCAGCUGUGUGAUGUGGAGGAGGACUAUGAGUACAGUGUCCAGUUCUGUAAGAACAACAUGGGCCUGGGAUUCACUAUCACCAGCUCCAUGGGGGAGCAGAACUCUGGGGUGCAGGUGAAGAGCAUCGUGAAGGGCAGCGCUGUGGACCAAGCCAAUCAGAUACACAUCGGAGACAAGAUCUUAGCUGUGGAUGGUGUAAGCCUGCAGGGCUGCAGUGAGCAGAGAGCCCUGGAGGUCCUCAGGAAGACAGGCCAGAUAGUCAGACUGAGGCUGAUAAGAAGGGCCUCUAGGAUGGGUAAAACCAUGAAGUGUCCCCCUCCUCCCCUGGAGCCCUACGUCAUCACCCGUACAGAGACAGGGAAACACGACCAGACAGACCAGACUGGGGUCAUCAACAGAGGAAAACAAAUGUCUCUGUGUGAGAUGUCCAGAAGAGCCAGUAUGGUGUACUCUGAACAACGACUAGACGCCAGGACUGGAGUGAAGCUGACGGCAGCAGAGGAAGAGGAGUUGAAGAGCAGGUGGCAGGCUGCUCUGGGACCCAGAUAUCAAGUGGUUGUGUGUCAGCUAGAGAGGUUCAGUGAGACCAGUGGUCUGGGCAUCAGCAUGGAGGCCAGGGCAGGACACCACUACCUGUGCUCCGUCUUACCUGAGGGUCCCGUGGGACAGAGCAGGAAGAUACACACUGGAGACCAGAUACUGGAGGCGAAUGGUAUCCCUCUGAUAGGAGAGACUCACAGAGAGGUGAUCAGCAUUCUGAGAGAGCUGCCUCUGUGUGUUUGUAUGGUGUGCUGCCGCAUCGUACCCCCACAGCUACGGGACAGUGACCACGAUGAUGAUGAUGAAGAUGUACAGCUCCCCCUCAAAGAGCUACUGGCUGAGUUCAAUGGCAAGUCCCAGUAUGACCAGCCCUGCUGUCUACUUCCUGGUUGUAACAACAUGGAUUGUGGGAGUCGUGGUUUUAAUAAGCCUGUGUCUCCUCCUCUGGCCAUGUGGGAGAGAGACAGUCAGGUGAUAGAGCUGGUGAAGGGCGAAGAAGGCCUGGGAUUCAGCAUCCUAGACUACCAGGACCCAGAGGAUGACUCUAAGACUGUUCUGGUAAUCCGCUCCCUGGUCCCCGGUGGCGUGGCCGACUCAGAUGGACGCCUGCUGCCAGGUGACCGGCUCAUGUCCGUCAACGACGUGGACCUGGUCAGAUCAACGCUGGAGCGCGCCGUGCAUGUGCUCAAAACCACCGGCUACGGGGGCGUGCGCAUCGGUGUCGCCAAGCCGCUGCCG